AUGCCCCGGGAUCGACCCCCCACCACCGGCUACGAACGCCUCGCACAAGCCGACCAGUUCAGCGACGACUCCGACGAUGAUCCCCUCGUCGCUUCCUCCGCCUCCCUACAGCCGGCCUCAGCGCCGCGCUUCGCACCCAUAUCACAACCUCGCCAUCGCUCCGGCAUGAUAAGCCCCAAAGCAAGCCAACGGCCAAAGUUUCGAAGACGAGUAGGCUCCCAUGGCGGUGUUGAUAUAAAGGCCAUCAAUGCAAGGUUGGAACGAUGGGCAGACGAAAUCGCUUCCAAAUUCAAGCGUGGUAGGGGCAAGAGCAUAUCAGGCGAAGAGGAUCGACUUGAAAUCCACCAUUCCGUCUUCCAGCCGCCCGAGGGUGUGCGUCCCCUUACGGCAGAGGGCUUGGCUGAAGACCAGCCUGGCGUGAUGACAAAAGCCGAGUUUGAAAGCAUUGUGGAAAGUGUACGAGCUGCAAUUCGUCAAGAGGUCCAUCCAAGCAUGAUUUCGCAAGGUAGUUCUGGCAGCUACUUUGCGAGAAACCCGGAUGGCAAGAUUGUCGGCGUCUUUAAACCCAAGGACGAGGAGCCGUACGCAGCGGGUAAUCCGAAAUGGAACAAGUGGAUUCACAGAAAUCUUUUCCCUUGCUGCUUCGGACGAGCUUGCUUGAUCCCCAAUCUCUCAUAUGUCAGUGAAGCAGCAGCGUACGUACUCGACUACCAACUUCGCACCCACCUCGUGCCCUACACCGAUGUUGUAUGGCUAUCAUCGAAGUCCUUCCACUACCCCUUCUGGGACCGCCGCAACUUUUACCGGAAGAAGAAGCCGCUCCCAGCCAAGCCAGGUAGUUUCCAAGUCUUUCUCAAGGGCUUCAAAGACGCCAAUAAGAAGUGGACGGAUAGCUGCCGCCCAUCUACGUCUGGAUCGCCGGAAGAUGCCGAUUUGAGCGAUGAUGAAUUACCAGAGAAUGCCGACGACGAUGGCAGCCCGCCACGAUUCACGUGGACUGAACAAAUCAAGCAGUCCUUCAGGGAGGAACUCGAGAAGCUUGUUAUUUUAGACUACAUCAUGAGGAACACAGAUCGUGGUCUGGAUAAUUGGAUGAUCAAAGUUGACUGGGAAACGGGCAACGUAUCUCUGGCAUCAGAUCCUGUACAUCUGAACAUGGAAACUCCUCAAGAAGAUGAGGAGGCGGCUCCACGACCCGUUGAUCUAGAGCAGAUGCCUCAGUCUGCUACCAAGGCAUCAUACCCCUAUAGGAGCCAGAUGCCUAUGAAUGCCUCGAGCAACAAAGUUGCAUCAAGGGAUCCAGCCAUGUACGUCGGUGCGAUUGACAACUCGCUUUCAUGGCCCUGGAAACAUCCCGAUGCGUGGCGGAGUUUUCCGUUUGGCUGGCUUUUCCUACCUGUAGACCUCAUUGGCCGCCCAUUUUCACAAAAGACGAGAGAUCACUUCCUACCCCUCCUCACUUCGACGGCUUGGUGGGCUCAAACUCAAAUAGCGCUCAAGAGGGUCUUCCAAGUUGAUGAAGACUUCCAGGAACGCAUGUUUGCCAAGCAAAUUGCUGUGAUGAAGGGCCAGGCUUGGAACGUCGUCGAGGCUCUGAAAACCUCAGAUCAUGGUCCUUUAGAGCUCACUCGUCGCACCAAGGUGUGCGUUUGGGACGAUUUGGUCGACGUCCCAGUUGCAGUACCCAUGCGUGUGACCUCUUCUGAGCUGCGGCGCAACUCGAACGUCCGGCAAUCUAUGGAUGAGGCCGACAUUGCGAGCUCUGUGCCUGUUAGCCAGGGUCCGUCGGCCGACCUACUUGGAUUGCAGACAGCCCCUGUGGAGAUGCCGCGAUCUGGCCGAUUUGACGAGAUUUCUAGUCCCAACGAUGAUGGUGCCCGGUCACCUGACGAGAGACGGUCUCUGAACGGCCCUGACAGAAAUCCAUUCAGCAACCCGGUAGGAUCUCGCUCACUCAAUGUCUACGAGCCGACCCGUCAUGGCCCCUACCAGCAGCGCAGAUACUCAUUUGCUACGCCUGCCGCUGCAAGACGCAACAGCAACAGCAUAGCCCAACAAUUGUAUGGAGAUUCACAUGAUUCGUACGACGAUGACCUCGACGGAGACUUAGGUUAUGCCGCAGCGGAAGGUCAGAUGGGCAAUCAGCGAAAGGUCAUAGUCGAGCGGCUCGAGGCAGUCAAGAGCAGAAACCCCGUGUUUACUUGGUGCUGA